AUGGCCGACGCGGCGGUGAAGCAGGGCUUCCUGUACCUUCAGCAGCAGCAGACUUUUGGGAAGAAAUGGCGCAGGUUCAGGGCUACGCUGUAUGGGCAGUCGGGCUUUGCCCUGGCCCGGCUGGAGCUCCAGGAAGGCUCUGAGAAGUCGCGGCGGGGAGAGGUGAUCCGCCUCAGUGACUGUGUGCGGGUGACUGAGGACGGCGGGGAGGCCAGCAGCCCCAAGGACACCAGCACCUUCCUCCUGAAGACCAAGGAGCGCCUGUACCUGCUGGCGGCCCCCACCACCGAGCGAAGCGGCUGGGUGCAGGCCAUCUGCCUCCUAGCCUUCCCUGGCGAGAGGCGGAAGCUGUCGGGGCUGGGCAGCUGGCCCUGCAUGGAGGAGAAUGAAUUGUACAGCACCGCAACCACAGUGGCCCCCUGCAAGGAGUUUGCUGUGGUCGUGAGACAAACGGAAGCCAGUGAGAGGUGCCAGCUCUGGGGGGCCUACACCCUCCGGACUGGAAAGAAUGCCCUGGAGCUGUGGGGUGGUCCGGAGCCCCGCACCCAGCUGUACGAGUGGCCCUACAGGUUCCUGCGGCGCUUUGGGCGUGACAAGGUAACCUUCUCCUUCGAGGCAGGCCGGCGGUGCGCCUCUGGAGAGGGCAACUUUGAGUUCAAAACCCAGCAAGGUGAUGAGAUCUUCUUGGCCCUGGAAGAGGCCAUCUCGGCCCAGAAGAACGCAGCCCCUCCUGGGCCACAAACCCCGCUAACCACAGGGCCGGUGGUGCAGCCCCGGCCAGAGAGCCCCUACUCCCGGCCCCAUGACUCGCUGCCGCCCUCUUCGCCCACGGCCCCAGCACCCCCCUCCCGGCCGCGGGGGCCAGAGGGGGAAUAUGCAGUGCCCUUCGAUGCGGUGGCCCGUAAGCUGGGGAAGAGCUUGAGGGGCAUCCUGGUGGUCCCUCCCCAGCCCCCCGCUGACCCUCUGUAUGACAGUAUUGAGGAGCGCCCGCCUUUGAGACCCGACCACAUCUACGAUGAGCCUGAGGGGGUGGCAGCCCUGCCGCUGUAUGACAGCCCCCAUGAGCCCCAGGGCGAGGCCUGGAGGAGGCAGGCCAUGGCGGAUGGAGACCCCAGUGGCCUCCAGCACACUUACCCGGCGGGGAAGGACUGGCUACAGGGAGCCGAGUAUGACAAUGUCAUACUUAAGAAAGGCCCAAAGUGA